UGACAAUGGCAGAGAUGCAUGAACCUAACCAAACCCAGCCUAACUUAACCUGCAAAGCAGACAACUCGUCGUACCUGCGGGCAGUCUUGUGAUUUUUGCCACGUAAACACGGCGGGGAUUGAUCAACAGAAUUGAAUUAUUUAUGGGUAACGAGAAGAGUGCCCUGGGCGGGUUGGAGAUCGACGAGAAGGCCGUUGAGAUCACGGACUUUUGGCUUCAUCACAGUGCCAGCUUGAGUGAACCCAGUCAGCAAACGUUAUCAGUAUUCGUCAGCGAGCCGUCAUUGCACUCUGGUGCGAAUUUCGGCAAGCCGUCGCCCUUGGAGAAAGCUGCCAAGCACCUCAUGCUGCAUCGUCAUCCCUGUAUAUUGAAGUACGUUGCAUCCUGGCACAAGGGUAGCAAAUUCUUCCUCGCGACGGAGGAAGUCAAGCCACUUGUCCAGGUGAUCGGAAUGCAAACAACUCUGCAGAUUUGCAUUGGACUGCACAACAUUUUACGUGCCCUGAUUUUUCUCCAUGAAAAGGCGCUCGCUUCUCACAACAAUGUUUCUAACAGCGCCAUUUAUGUCACACCUGAUGGAUUUUGGAAAUUGGGGGGGCUGGAAUAUUUAUGCAGAUUCACUGAAUUGACACCUGCUUAUUUACAGAAGACUAGGAACUACAGAUAUGAAAAGGCAAUAUCGCCAGAGGAGGAUGGCGGAAAAUCCGCCGUUCUCAUGGAGCCUUCUGCCAUUGAUCAGUUUGCAUUCGGAGUAUUGGCAGAGGAGGUCUUGAGGCAGAAAAGCGACGAAGACGUCCCUGCCCUGGCAGAAUUCAAAGAGUUAUCAAAGAAACAUUUGCAGAAUGCUGAUCCAACAUUGAGAACCAAACUUUCCUCCGUCCUAGUUCACCCGUUCUUCACGCAUGAAUUUAUAACUAUACACAGUUUCCUCAUGGAAUUACCAUUGAAAAGUGAUACGGAGAAGCAAGAUUUCUUCUCAAAUCUGGUGGUUGAAUUGAAAAAAUUUCCAGAAAAAAUCGUCGCCGAACAACUUGGCGUAUUGCUCCUCUCUAGAAUGGUUCUCCUUGAUUCUACAGCCCAAUCUAAACUGUUACCAUUCGUUUUGACACCGAAAGUUACAGAUGAUAAUAACGAGUCAGAUCUCCUUUUCACGCUCUCAACAUUCAAGAGAUACCUGAUACCGAAACUUCUGCAGAUGUUCUGCGUACGCGAUGCCCAAAUCAGGCUCCUGCUUCUGUCCCAUUUCAAUUCGUUCGUUGGUGCGUUCCAGCUGGAUGAACUGAAGCAGCACGUUUUACCUGAACUGCUGGUCGGUAUUAAAGACACAGACGACCAUUUAGUUAGCACGACACUGAGAGCCCUGGCCGAUCUCAUUCCCCUGUUGGGUUCGGCAACUGUGAUUGGUGGAAAUAGGGGAAAACUGUUCACAGAUGGACGGCCAAAAAAGGCUCCCAGAUUGAGAGAGACCAAAGUACGACCAGCAGCACCGAACGGCGCGAGUGUGCCAGACGUGUUGCUGCGAACCAAAAUGGCAGUCUUGGAAUUACCGGAAAGACCGUCUCCGGAUGGCGGAGAGGAUCGGAACGAUUCUAACUCCAUUUCUCACGACGAAGACGGCAACUGGUCGGACUGGGACGCUCAGGAAUCUGCCAACCCAAGAGCGAAUCCUAGCGAACUAAGCGCUGCCAAAGACGAGGAGAAUCCGUUGGAAACGACAACGCAGGAUGCAACGAGAGCGAAUUCCAAAGACUCAGCAUCUGCCAAAGUGGAAACCCCAAAAUACUCGAAGAAAUCGAUAAUUUCGGAUAUAUCAGAGCUGGAUAUAAAGAACUCGAAACCUAUGCACAUACAGAAGGAAGAAUUUAACUUUUUUACUGACAUGGAACCUGUGAUUAAAAAAACUCAAGUUCUGCAUAUAGCUGAAACUGCGGCGGUAGCGUCGAACAGUAUGUUCGAUGUAAAAGUGGUCGGAGUUGCACCCGACGAAGGUAACGGCGAUGACGGGUGGGGAGACGAUUUGAAUGACUGGGGAGCAGAGGACGCGCCUCACACGAGAAAUUAACCUUCGCGUAGAUAGAUAGAUAGAUACGUAAAAUUUCCCUGUUCUCUUUUCUUUUCCAUUUUUUAUAAAACUGUACAUUCAAAUUUUCGUGGUAAAGGAUAAUGCAGACUAAUAUAAUUUUAACUAACGUACAUAGAUGUAAUUGUUAAAUCACGAGUAUGCCAUAUCGAAGACACUCUAGAUUGUCAUUGUAAUUUGUUUAUACUACAAAAUGUAAUUUAUUGGCGAUUGCGUUAUACCAAAGACCUGAUUACUUCAAUAAUUAAUUAUAUGCUGCCAUCGAGUUGUCUGUCGGGAGGGGUUAACAAGGGGAGGCCGCCAAUUGUAAAAUUCAGAUUCGAUUCGUACUGCGCGUAAUAAAAGCUUAAGGCCAGAGGUGUAAUGUAGCAAAGCCCUAACAUGCCAUUCUUUGCCGUUGUCGAGAAAAUCGACACUGAAAUAUUCGAUUGCAUUCAAAUACUUUACUACGAUAGUUGUACAAUUCAAUAGCCGUGUGGCCCAGCGGUAAGCUCUCUGGUUCGUAAUCCGGUGGUCGCGGGAUCAAAUCUCGCUGCUCGCGACCUUUUUUUUUUUUUUAUUAAUUUCUUUUUUUUUGUAAUUGAAUUUUGUGUAUAUACAUAAUCCCCGGCAAUCAGUUUUAACAAUUAUGUAUAUAAUAAUUUUUUUUAAAUGCCGUUUGUCGCAGAAAAACCGACGACUUCGAAUAUCAUUAUGUUGUUCGCAAACAAAGUUAUAUUUCAAAUAUGUUAUCAAUUGUUUUCACAAUGUUUACCAAGUAUAGUUAACGGAAGAAGUAUGAACGAUGUUCCAAAACGAAUACGUGUAGUGAGAAUCAAACGCUCGAAACAUAACAGUGACUCCUCGAGCAAACAUUUGCUUCCUGAAAUAGAAUAAAAUAUGGAUUCGUGUUGUUUCAUGCAAAUAACAUUGGAAAUGAAACACAAUAUUACAAAUAACAUUCAAGUGGGUACAAUUUAUUGAAAAGUUCCGUAUAAACUUGCAGAUAAUUUACAAUUAGUGACAAGAAGUAGCCGGAAUGUCGCACGAACCAGAGUAAUAGUUAUCAUAGAAACAUGGAAAGCAUAAAACAGCAUAACAUCUAGCACAUCUGAUAAACGAUGCGUUUUUACAGGAACACUUGAUUUUUAAAGUAUCUGUUGGAAAACACACCUGAU